CACGAGAGCAACGCCGACACUGCCAUACAUGAAGAACUCGCCUUCAAAUACAACAUCGACUUGUAAAAUGGUGUAGCGUGGAAAAUUUGCUCCUCGUAAAAGAAAGAGUUCCACAUUGACUGAAGGGAAACAUGGAGGAUUCCGCGGAAGAUGCCGGACCUGUGUUGGUACAUCGCAGACGACACCUGCGGUUUCCUCACAAACGGGUCGACCAGACAGAAGACAGCAAGGGACUCAGUCAGAAUGACAGGUCAGUGUUGGACCACCCGUGGUUCCGUAGUUUUGACCACCUGUGUUUACAGCUGAGACAGUUCUGUCUCAUGUUCCUGACGGCGGUCCUACCGCUCAGUCUCAGCGUCAUCUCCAUGAUCUGUUUGUUGUUGUUUUUCAGGUCAGUGUUGGACCAUCCUUGGUUCCGUAGCUUUGACCACCUGUGUUUACAGCUGAGACAGUUCUGUCUCAUGUUCCUGACGGCGGUCCUACCGCUCAGUCUCAGCGUUAUCUCCAUGAUCUGUUUGUUGUUGUUUUUCAGGUCAGUGUUGGACCAUCCUUGGUUCCGUAGCUUUGACCACCUGUGUUUACAGCUGAGACAGUUCUGUCUCAUGUUCCUGACGGCGGUCCUACCGCUCAGUCUCAGCGUCAUCUCCAUGAUCUGGUACAACGGCGGGGGAGGGGGUCCGGCAACAGGAACGGCAGAGUACAAACUCCCUGAAGCGCGGGUCGCGUCGAAGGUGGAACAGCUGCCGGAAGACGAACUUUACGCUACUGAGAACUAUGUGUCAUUGCAUCAAGAUGCCGACGUCUACUCACAGGAAAACUUGGAGUCUCUUCUGGUGGUGGAUAGAAGACACAAUCUCUCUUAUGAGGAAUUCAUCGCGGUGUAUGACGGGAAGAGACCGGUGAUCUUGACCGACGUGGUUCCUGAUUGGGCGGCUAGCAGAUGGUCACGUGAUUUCUUUCUGGAAAACUACGCAAACGACAGCGCAGUUGUCAAAACUGUUGAUGGCAAUGGCAGCAGUAUCAGUAGUGCAGCCACUAGACUAGCGGACUUUGCAGCCAAGUCGUCCCGAGGGGAGCCGGGGAGAUGGAUGUACCUGGAAGACGAGCUGUUCAUCCCGACUAGACCUGAGCUCCGGGCCGACCUGGGCGAGGUGGAAGUGCUCGGGGAAGAUUUCUUCCAGCUGUUUCCAAAGGAGGUUCAGCCGUGGGACGCCCUACUGCUGUGGGGUUCUCCCUGCUCCCGCUCGCCGCUCCACAUCGACCCCUACAACUGGACGGGCAUCAACGCCGUCAUCGCCGGGCGGAAGAAGUGGAAACUCUUCCCUCCAGGUCAGGACCAGCGUUUCUACAUCACGCCUGACCAGAGAUGCGGCUUCCCGCUGGACUGCAUCAAGUACAACAGUCCUGUAGACGCCUUCAGUCCCAACUACACCAGGUAUCCGGAGUUCCAGGAGGCCGAGUUUGCGGAGGUGGACCAAGUUGCAGGAGAACUGCUGGUGAUCCCGACAGGGUGGUUUCACCAGGCUUAUAAUAUGGAGGAAACUAUAGCAGUCAGCAGACAGGUUAUGAACACCAACAGUUACCGUGAGGUGACGGAGGAAAUCAUCAAGGCUGGGAACGUCCAGCGUGCGGAGCUCCCGCCAAACUUCAACCAGCUCAGCCCCAGACUUCAGGUCCAGACUCUUGUAGACAUGUUACCUGGCGAGAUCCUGGAGAAGGGCAGACUUCUCACUCAAGCAGUCUUAGGGCAGAUCAACGGUCUUCUGUGAGAUAUUGGGGACUACAAAAUGAACUUUCCAAUGGAAACAAUUCCUUCAAAACACACUUCAAAUCUGAAGUCUUAAGCCAAACUGCAAAUUUGGAUUAGUCAAGUUUGUUUGGGUAAAACAGAGGGAGGUAAUGUACUGUAUUUUACAAACAAGUCAGAAUAUUGAAAUGACACUAGUAUAUCACUCCUUGUCCUAAUGGGUCAGUCCAGCCAGUGAGCUGCCAUUUAGGAGUCAACUAAAGGUCAAAACUUGGCAAAGGUCACAGUUUUUUGCCACAUUUUAAAAAUAUACUAUUUUGUCCUCCCCCGCAGAACACUCAACAUUUAAGAUCAAAAUUUGCCAGGAAAAAAAAGACAAUAUUCAGGUUGAGGGUUCAGACAAUCCCUCCCCUAUAAAUCAGGUUAUUGAUGCUGU